AUGCGGAAUGUGCUUCUGACCGGCAUCAGAAAUAAUAAUUUUUCUAUUUUGUCCCGAAUCAAUACAUUCAAGCACAUUUUAUUAAGGCCCUCACAUCCUCAUAUCCAACCUACAACCAGUCUACGAUUUAAGUCGGGAACAUCGUCGAGAAGAUGGGUGACUAGACAGAAGGACGACAUACACUCCAAGCAAUCCAAAAGUGAAGGCUAUCGAUCUCGAGCGGCGUACAAACUCAUCGAAAUCGACAAUAAAUUCAGGUUCUUUGGGAAGAAGUCUAAGAACAUUGUGGAUUUGGGCUUUGCGCCUGGAGCAUGGACACAGGUGGCAUUAGCACGGUCCAAAAGUAAGAACGUUCGUCCAAAUAUCCUCGGUGUGGACUUGCUCGAGUGUUCUCCACCAGAAGGUGCCUCAUUUCUCCAGGGUGAUAUCUUCUCCAAGAAGACUCAUUUAGAAAUCAUCGAUUACUUCACACUGAAAAAAGACGAACAGAAUGAGAACGUGGAGAAACCAUUGGAUCUCGUAUUAAGCGAUAUGAUGGUCAACACCAGCGGAAUGAAGGACAAUGACCAUUUUGCCAGUAUGGAUCUAUGUGAUGGAGUUCUCAUCUUGGCAUGCCGGCUCUUGAAGAAAAACGGCAACCUUGUCAUGAAAUUUUAUACUGGGAAAGAGGAUCAGUUGUUGCAGAGAAAACUUGAGAAGGUGUUUGGUAGAGUGCAAAAGAUGAAGCCGGAGGCAUGUCGAGCCGAGCUGAGAGAGAUGUACUUCAUCGGGCUUAAAAAGCGACUGGACAAUACCUCCAUUGAAGAGGUUUUUGACCGGGAAUUGUAA